GACUUUGAAUUUGUUUGUGCAAAUUGGCAGCACUGCCGAGCGAUUGUCCCAUGCAUAUUGGCAGCACUGGAACAGCGAUUGCCAACGCAUGCGUCGUGACUGGGUAUCCCGCGUAGCUUUUAGGGCGGAAACGUAUUCUGAUAUACCAGAAAUAAUUUUGCUGUCGAGUGUUAAAACGUAUCGAACGGGUUUUAAACGCGGUCAAUUACGACGUCUGCAACAAACGCAAGAUGAGCUCAAGUAUCAGCCAAAUCUAACCGACAAGUCUAGAAUUAUAUAUAUUAAUAUAUCCUGAUAUAUAUUUAGACGUUAAACAACCGGCCAUGUGUACAAAGCUAACGCAGAAGAACUUUUAAACGAAACACAACUUAUUGCACAAAUACAAAUAUAACUUGUGAAUCGACAAAAUGUUGAUCCGUUGGAAGAGUAAAGAUAAAAGUGCAUCAACUAACCAAAGCGGCAAUGCGAGCAGCAGCUCAUCAUCGAAGAAGAAACGCAAAGGACGAGAAGGAGAAGAAGACUGGCAAAAUGAAAACAAACCGGGUCGCAUGCAAAGUAACGAACAAGGUGGCGACGAGCGUAGGCGCGCAAUGCGACGCGAUGAUCCUCGCAGACACACGCUCGGCGGUGACAUUCUGGUCUACGGCAGCUCCCAACAUCCGCAUCCGCAUCAAAUGGCGCAGCAGCAGCAGCGAGCCAUGGAUUUAGAAAUGAGCACACGAGCGCAAAAGAACAAGAAAAAUCAACCGAUGCGCGGCUAUGCACCCGUUAAUCAGGGUCCCCUAUUUGACGACGAUCCGGGCAUUAUGUCUGAGGUGGAAACUGCCAGCACUGGCUUUCGACGAGGCGGUAAACAGCGCUCUUCGUUGCCAGUAGUACGAACGCCCUCGAAGACGCUCGAGAGACCGCUUGGACUUGUCUUUCUGCAAUAUCGCUCAGAGACCAAGCGAGCUUUGCUACCAAAUGAAAUCACCUCGAUAGAUACGGUGCGUGCGUUGUUCGUGCGCUCGUUUCCCCGUCAGCUGACAAUGUCGUACUUGGAAGGACCCAACGUUAAGAUCUACAUACACGAUGCCAGUAAGGACAUGUUUUAUGAGCUGGAAGAUGUACGUUCCCAUCUGCGCGAAAUUCGCGAUCGCUCCGUCUUGCGUCUGUUUGAGUCGACAGAGGUAGCCGCUCCUCCACAGAUUCUGCCUGGUGGUCCGGGCAUACCGCAGCCCUUACCCCAGGCGCCUUCUAGUUGGGAUCAGGAUCAGAGCUAUUUCAGCGAGCCCGAAUUCGAUUCGGAUUUCAAGCAUCAGCACAUUCAUAAAUCGAAGAUUGGCAAACAGCCAGCACCGUAUUAUGUGGGCUCUUCGCAGACCUUGCCACGAGGGAUGUACGGAUCAGAUCGUAACAAAGUCUCCAUGGGAACGCCAGUGAAACCAUUCAGAUCGAUUAAUCGAAGGGGUAGCAUGGAGCCCCUGUUUCCAUAUUCCUCGGAUCAAUUAUACAGUAUACCAGACGGAUAUACCAGCUCUCCAGAACGAAGCACAAGGAGCAACUAUGAGGAGCCAUACUACAGCCAAUAUGGUACGCGCGGACCUGUCGUAGCGCCCAUCAUAGACGAAGAACAAAGCGAUGUGGCUCUCGCGGAAGAUCAGUAUUCCUUGUAUGGAAUUAAAGUAGGGCCGAAUCGUCUACCGCAUCGUGGCAAUCAGAUCUAUGAUCCAACCAGGCCUGAAGACUUACAUCGCAUACGCGUUGAGCAUAUGGAGCGCCAAUUGGCGAACCUAACUGGAUUGGUCCAGAAGGCAUUAGUCAAUCAAAAUCCCCAAAUUGCGCCAAUGCCUGUACCUACACUAGACUCCAAUUAUCUCGUCGUGCCAUCUCAAAUGCAAGCCAAUGGUUCCGCCGAUGAGCUAUACAUUAGAGAAAAGGCACCUAAGCUGGGCAAGAAUUCAUGUCAGAAAUCCGUGUCCUUUGAGAAAUCCGUUUCCUUCAGUGACGAUAUUCAGGGAAUACCCAAGUCGCAUAGCCCUCUACAUGCCGCUGAUACGAAACCAACUAAGCCGGCAAUCAAGUCGUCUACCUUGCCACGUACAUCCUCCCAAGAACGCGAUCGCCUAAAGCCUCCGCCACCGCCAAAGCCAAUUGUGUUGACACAGACCGCCCAUCCCAACUACCGGGCGGACAUUGCACUUGCCCCCGAGGUCUACAAUCAUUUGCGUGGUCUGCAGAAGAAGGCGAAGGACUUGCGCAUGGAAGUGCGGACAUUAAGACGGCUGUCGCAGGCUCAGUCAGUUGCCGUACGAGAGGACAUCAAAAGCACCUUCAUGCGCAUACGUGCUACAUUGUUGGCCAGCAGUGGCGGCAGUUUUUGGGGCCAGGGCGAUCAGGACACUACGCGUAUAUCGAGAGAAGAGGAAUUGUACAAGCAAGAGGUCAUACGGCUGGAAAAGGAUCUCAGUGAUUUGGAAGCUUCGGUUGAAAACCUGCGCGGCGAGGUGAUCAAUCGACGCACGCGCGUCAAUAUGACAGCUGUCGAGGACAUGGCCCUGGUAUUAAGUCGCGCAAGCAAAACUGUCGCUGAGCUGAAGCUCAAGUUUCCGACUUUGUCAAAUGGUUUGCGUUGCAUAUUGUCCAAUGAAAUGGAAAAAGUAGUACGAGAAGAAAAGUUCCUAAAAGAAGAGCCUGAUCGGCUAGAGUCUGCUCUGCGUCGCUGCAAAAAGCUAACGGGCACAUUAGUUACACUUAAACGUUUGGCGAGUGUACAGGAACAGCGCUUGCCCCCCAAUGAGCCGUCAGUAAAUGAGGAGUCGUUACGUUCCGCAGAUAUUUCGGUCCCUGACAAGCCAAUCCCAACACCCAGGAUGGGGUCGUUCCCUGUCGGCGGGGGACUCGCACCCGAAAACGCACUCGAUGCUCUGCUAGACGAGUUAAAGACAUUUUCAAAGCCCAUUGCCCAACAACAACAACAACAACAGCAGCAGCAACAGUUUCAGCAACAACAACAAAUGCAACAGCAACAACAGCAAAAGCCACCAUUUGAGGUACGCCCCGAAGAUUCGGCAUCCGAUGAGAGUGCCCAGGCCGCGGUGCAGAGUACCGUCACCACGCAAAUAUCUCAGGCACGUCUAUUCACAGAGGCGAACGUCGUCAAUAUGCAACAGGCGACCACCAACAGCAUGGUCAUGGCCGUUUCUAGUGGGGCAACAACACAACUGUCCCGUGGUGGAUUGACCCACCAGCAGUCACAACAGCAGCUGAUGGUGCACACCAAUAUGGGAAGCUUGCGUCGCCUGCACUCCUUUCCCAGCGAAUCGGACAACGAGUUUCCACCCCCACUCGCUAAUGGUGGUGGUGGUGGUGGUGUUGGUGCAGUCAGCAGCAGCAUCAACAUCAAUAACAGCAACAAUAAGCCACCAGUGCCCGAGCGUAAUGCCGAUUUGAUAAGCAGAGUGGGUCACAAGCGCAUACCGCCACCACCGCCGCCGCGUACCAGCUCACGUAGUCCACUGGCCAGUCCGACAAGCCCAAAUGUGCCACAGAACAUAGCUGCCGCUGCCACAGCCGCCGCUGCCGCUGCCACCGCCGCCGCCGUCGCCGCUGCAGCUACUAACAACAUGAUUGACAAUAAUAUAAUGAGCAUUGAGACUGUUGUCAUCGGUAGUGGUGACACCUCAAGCGGCGACAACUCCAGCGGAAAUGAGUCCGGCAACGAUCACGCACAGCGGCAAGUGGCGCUCGAAAUGCGCCACCAGGAACUAUUGAAGAAGCAGAAGCUGCUGCAGGAACAGUACCAGCGCUUGCAGCAAAUGAGCAAGAUACCAUCGGUCGAUAUAUCCGGACCCACACAUCCCGGCAGUGAAUCGAACAUACAGCAGAAAAUAGCCGCAAUCAAUUUAUUGACCUGUGAAUCCGUGGGCGGCGAUCCGGCGGCGGUGGCAGCAGUAGCGGCUGAGAAUGCAGCGGGUACAAAUGGUGUGUUGAACAGUGAUGCUACGGGUGGUGUGGUUGGCGGCGUUGUUGGUGGUGGUACAGGUGCGGGGGCUGCUGCUGUUGUUGCUGCUGCUACAAACACCACAAUGACCACUAAACAGGUGUACGAGACGGAGAUACUCUAACACAACUGGAAAUUGGCGUGGAGCGAAACGAAAAUCGAUAUUUAACUGUAGCAUCACUAUACAUACUAUAUAUAUGUGUCUCUGUCACGUUGCACAAAUUGCAGCUCAAUAACUGUAUAUCACUCUCACUCUCUCUCUCUAUCUCUAUCUUUGUCGCUCUCUUGCUAAACACAUACAUCAUUAUACAUAUUGUAUAUGUUUCUCUGUCACAUGCACGGAUUGCAGCUCUGAUCUGUAUAUCACUUCUCUCUCUCUCUCUGUCUGACUCUUUCGCUGUAUCUCUAACUUUGCCAUCCUUAACACAGAUAUUAGACGAAUUACAUACGAAGGCUAAAAGCCUUCGGCUCUGUAAUACCAUUAAUACUUAAAUAAUAAUUUUGUUAAGAAUGUUAAGCAACUAAGCCGUACUCCUAUACGUGUUAA